UGACCGUCCCGUCCGCUGCCGGGGUGUUUGCUGAGCUCCGGUGGGGUCUAGAGGAGGAAGAGGAAGAUGCCCCGGGAGGAGGAGAGGCCGCAGCUGUGCGGCCUGACCCUGGCCUUGGCCUGGACGCUGCUGCUGCUGAGCCUGCCCCGCGCCGGCCUCGGCGCCGCCCCCGGCCCGCUCACCGAGCCCUGCCCCUGCGAAGACCCGGCGCUGUGCCGGCCAGUGCGAGGCCGCCGCGACUUCGAGGUUUUUGUCUUUGAUGUUGGAGGAAAAGCCUGGAAGUCUUAUGAUUGGUCUCAGAUCACAACAGUGGCAGUUUUUGGAAAGUAUGACCCUGAACUUUUGUGUUUUGCCCAUUCCAGAGGCUCCAGGGUAGUGCUUAAAGGCGAUGUCCCCUUAAAGAAUAUCAUUGAGCCUACUUUGAGAGAAGCCUGGAUAAUGAAACAACUCAAAUUGGCCAAAAACCAACACAUGGAUGGAAUUAAUAUAGACAUAGAACAAGACGUUGAAGAGUCAUCCCCUGAAUAUUACGCCUUGACAGCUUUAGUUAAAGAAACGACAGAAGCCUUCCAUCGGGAAAUUGAGGGAUCACAGGUCACUUUUGAUGUUGCUUGGUCUCCAAAGUGCAUAGACAAGAGAUGCUACGAUUAUAAAGGAAUUGCAGACUCCUGUGAUUUCCUCUUUGUGAUGUCUUAUGAUGAACAAAGUCAGAUCUGGACAGAGUGCAUCGCAGCAGCCAAUGCUCCCUAUAACCAAACCUUAAUGGGAUAUGAAAGCUAUCUCAAGAUGAACAUUGACCCUAAGAAACUUGUAAUGGGUGUUCCCUGGUACGGCUAUGACUAUCCUUGUCUGAAUUUAUCUGAGGAUCACAUCUGCACCCUUCCCAAAGUGCCUUUCCGUGGAGCGCCAUGUAGUGAUGCUGCAGGCCGCCAGGUGACCUAUAAAGCCAUCAUGGGUCAAGUGAGUAGUUCCAUUUCUGGGAGCCAGUGGAACACUCAACAGCAAGCCCCUUAUUAUAAUUACAAGGAUGCUGAUGGCCAUUUUCACCAGGUGUGGUACGACAAUCCAAAGAGCAUUUCUUUAAAGGCAGCAUUUGUAAGGGAUUAUGGUUUACGGGGCAUUGGGAUGUGGAAUGGAAACUGUCUUGACUACUCUGGGGAUGCAGUAGCCAAACAGCAAACUGAAGACAUGUGGAGGGCUUUAAAGGUAAAUGGGGAAAAGGACUAAUGAAAAAAUGCUGCUUAAGUAUACAGUUCAAGAAGUCAUUCUGUUUGCAGUUAUACAUCUUAUUUCUUGAAAAGAUAAAUAUAUUCAUUAUGUUUUCUUUCCAAAUAUUUCUGUUCUGUUCUGAAACAUUUUAAUAUUUGGUGUACUAAUAGAACUAAUUGGAUUGUCAGCUUAAUGCCUUUAAGUUGCUUUUCAAACAUAUAUUUUGAUAAUUUAAGAAACACAAAAGUUGAGAGAUGAGUCUAUCUUUCAGUAUGAAAUAAUCUUCUUUAUUUUAUAAGAUGUUUUAUCUGUCACUUAAUAAACCGUUAUUUUCAUAAUUUUAU